AUGACGGUCGCCCAGACAGCAACCAACGAGACUGUUGGUACCCAAAGCAAUGGCAACAAAUGGAACGGGAAACCAUUGAGUCUGAGAAUCAUCGGGACCAAUCAAGGGACGUCGAUGGAUGGAAUUGACAUUGCCCGUAUCCAUUGGACGCAAGAGCACCCAGAAGCACCUUUGAAGAUAGAGAUUUUGAAUCAUGGGGACGUUGAGUUUGACGGAGCUCUGAAAGAAACGGUCAUGCGAAUGAUCAGAUACAAUAAAACGACCCCCGAAGAGAUAUCAAUGGUUAAUAUCCAGCUCGGCGAAUUCGCCGCCAAAGCAAUCCGACAGUUCGCUGAGCGAGAAGGUUUUAGUCUUGAAGAAGACGUUGAUAUCAUCGCCGGCCAGGGCCAAACAAUCUGGCAUCUUCCUCUUCCAGAACUCUUUGAAGGCAAUCAGAUUCGCGCUCAUCUGGACAUGUCCGAGAUAUCCAUCAUCGCUGCCCGCACUGGCGUUACUACCAUGUCCAACUUCCGCGUUUCCGACAUGGCUCUUGGCCGCCAAGGUUGCCCGUUCUUCUCGGCCUUUGAUUCCCUGGUCGCAUCGCAUCCCACGUUGAAUCGAGCAGUUCAGAAUAUUGGUGGUAUUGCAAAUAUCACAUUUUGCCCCAAGAACGCGCCGGAUGAAGCGUAUGAUUUUGACGUAGGCCCGGGCAACGUUUUUAUUGAUGGUGCGGUUCGCUAUUUCACCCAGGGCAAGCGCCAGUACGACAAAGAUGGAGCGAUGGCCAGAGCCGGCCGCGUGAACCAAGCAAUCGUCGAUGAAACCCUCAAAGGCCCGUACUUUGUCCAUGAUAUUCCCAAGACAACUGGCCGCGAAACUUUCGGAGAGAACUGGAGCCAGGAACUCUGUGAACGGAUGAUGGCUGAAGGCGCAACUCCCGAAGACUGCGUCGCGACCAUCACUCGUAUCACGGCCCAAGCGCUUGUAGAGGCGUACGAGCGCUGGGGUCCCAAGGAAGGAGUCGAUGAGAUCUACCUCGGCGGUGGCGGUUCAUUUAACCCUGCCAUUAUUGAUUACCUUCGCGAGAAACUCCCAAGAACAAAAGUUGCGUUUCUGGAUGAAUUGGGCGUUCCAUGCAGCGCCAGGGAGGCGACAGACUUCUCGCUCAAGGGCCUCGAACUGAUUCUUGGCAGAGCUUUGAUGCCUCCUAAAAGAGCCGAAUCAGACAGGAUGGGAAUUACAGGCCAUACGCAGCCGGGGGAUGGGCUGAGGUAUCAUAAGAUACUGAGACAUGUUCAAGACUUCUGGGGUGAUUACCCGCUGGAGAAAAGGAUAAACCCUGUACGCAAGAUGAUUGUGGUGCCUUAUAAGGACUGA